GUUCAGGUCAAACCCAAACUGAACUGCAAUCUCCUGUCAUCUUCUUCUUGGUCAAAGAAUGCGAAACAGACCUCAAAAUUCUCCUGUUAAAUCCAAACCAUCGACUGCUGAAUCAAGUGAUGCUUCUGAAGCUGAUGAACGAAGCAGAGUGAAUAACAGUAUUAGACUAAAAACCGCGAGGAGGUCAGGAUUCGUAUGGCUGACUUUGUUCGUGGUGAUCAUAUACUGUUCUUGGGCUGUUUACCGUUACCAGUUUGAGAAUUUGCCCGUACCACUUACGGCGGAGCAGGCGGGGAAACGGGGUUUCUCGGAGGUGGAGGCCUUGAAUCAUGUCAAGGCACUGACUGAAUUGGGACCGCACCCUGUUGGUUCUGAUGCUCUUGAUCUUGCUCUGCAGUAUGUUUUGGCAGAAUCAGAGAAAAUUAAGAAAACGGCACAUUGGGAGGUUGAUGUUCAAGUGGACUUCUUCCAUGUAAAAUCUGGUGCAAAUCGUCUAGCCAGUGGCAUGUUCAAGGGGAAAUCAGUUGUUUAUUCAGAUCUAAAUCACAUCGUAUUAAGAAUAUUGCCAAAAUUUGUAUCAGAAGCAGAAGAAAAUGCCAUUUUGGUCUCUUCUCACAUUGAUACUGUUAUCUCAGCGGAAGGGGCUGCUGAUGACAGUUCAUCUGUUGCUGUAAUGUUGGAACUUGCUCGAGGGAUUUCUCAGUGGGCUCAUGGCUUCAAGAACUCUGUCAUAUUUUUGUUUAACACUGGGGAGGAGGAGGGUCUAAAUGGUGCUCAUAGCUUUAUAACUCAGCAUCCUUGGAGUAGGACUAUUCGUAUGGCUAUUGAUUUGGAGGCCAUGGGCAUUGGAGGGAAGUCUAUAAUUUUCCAGGCUGGUCCUGAUCCAUGGGCUAUCGAAAACUUUGCCUCAGUGGCAAAAUACCCAUCUGCUCAAAUCAUAGCACAGGAUCUUUUUUCUUCUGGAGCCAUAAAAUCUGCAACAGAUUUCCAAGUAUACAAAGAGAUUGCUGGUCUUUCUGGCCUUGACUUUGCAUACAUAGAUAACAGUGCAGUAUAUCACACUAAGAAUGACAAACUAGAGCUAUUGAAACCUGGAUCUCUUCAGCAUCUUGGGGAAAAUAUGCUUGCUUUUCUGCUUCAGGUUGCUUCAUCUUCUCAGCUUUCAAAAGGCAAAGCUGUUGAUGAGAAUGAGAAAUCUAAGGACGACAGUGCUGUAUUUUUUGACAUUUUGGGAACUUAUUUGAUUGUAUACCGUCAAAGUCUUUCAAAUAUGCUUCAUAAUUCGGUGAUAAUGCAAUCAGUUCUGAUAUGGAUCACAUCUCUACUUAUGGGUGGUUAUUCCGCUGCUGUUUCAUUGGCCCUUUCAUGCCUGAGUCUUAUCCUCAUGUGGAUAUUUUCACUAAGUUUCUCUGUUCUCAUUGCCUUCAUUCUACCCCCAAUAUCUUCAUCACCAGUGCCAUAUAUUGCCAGCCCUUGGUUGGUGGUUGGGUUAUUUGCUGCACCUGCUUUUCUUGGGGCAUUGACUGGUCAGCAUAUGGGCUAUCUUAUUCUGCAAAAAUAUCUAUCAAGUGUUUACUCUAAGAAAAAGCAGCUGUCACCUGUUAUUCAAGCUGAUUUGAUCGAGUUAGAGGCUGAAAGAUGGCUGUUUAAAGCUGGUUCUGUACAGUGGCUUGUUCUUCUGUUGAUUGGAACUUACUAUAAAAUUGGAUCAGCAUAUAUGGCUCUUGUUUGGCUAGUCCCACCAACAUUUGCAUAUGGCUUUCUGGAAGCAACUUUAACCCCAGCUCGAUUGCCAAGGCCACUCAAACUUGCAACUCUGCUGAUGGGUUUGGCACUACCAAUUUUAGUUUCAGCUGGAAUAUUCAUUAAAUUCACCAGUUUACUGAUUGGAAUGGCAGUACGAUUUGAUAGGAAUCCGGGUAGCACACCAGACUGGCUUGGAAGUGUGAUUGUUUCUGUUUUUAUUGCUGCUGUCAUUUGCCUGACUUUGACAUAUGUUCUUUCAUAUGUUCAUAUUUCUGGUGCAAAAACAUCUAUUAUCCUUGCAACCUGCGUUCUGUUUUGUCUAUCACUUGCUGCAGUAAUAUCUGGUAUACUUCCCCCAUUUACUGAAGACACGGCCAGAGCUGUGAAUGUUGUUCACGUUGUCAAUACAACAGAACGAUUUGGUGAAAAGCCGAAUUCAUUUGUAUCUCUAUUUUCUUUAACUCCUGGAAAGUUGACAAAGGAGGUUGAACAAAUUAGAGAAGGCUUUGUAUGCAGUAGAGACAAGGUCAUUGAUUUUGUUACUUUUUCAGUCAAAUAUGGUUGUCUGACCUUUGAUGAGACGGAAGUUGGGUGGAGUAAGUCAGAUAUUCCCACGUUGACUGUUGUGAGUGACACCAUGGAGGAUAAGAGAGUCACAAAAGUUUCAAUCGAUACAAAGAGUUCCAUACGCUGGGUUCUAGGGAUCAAUACUAAUGAAGUAGAAGAUUUUAUGCUUAAAGAGAAUAUGGAGGAGUUAGUUCCAUUGGGAGACAAGAGCAGUGUAGAUGGAUGGCAUAUUAUUCAAUUUUCAGGUGGGAAAAAUGCACCAACAAGGUUUGACCUGACUCUCUCCUGGCUAAAAAAUACCACAAGGCAAUCACACAAAGAAGACGACCAUCCCCUUCUAAAGCUGAGAACUGAUCUUAAAGGAGUAACACCAAUAGCUGAAAGAAUUCUUUCAAAGCUUCCACCAUGGUGUUCCCUGUUCGGGAAGUCUUCGUCUCCUUACACACUCUCUUUCUUAAGUAGCCUUCCUGUUGACCUGCUGGGAAUUGUUACAAAUAAGGAAGCGUCAAUUGGGAACAGGUAGCAGUAUCCUUUCAGGAUGACCCGAUGCAUUCUUUGAGAGGUAGAUAUAUGUGCAGCUAUGCAAGUAUUCGACUCCACAGCUGAAGACUGAAGCUACCAGACAUCAGCAAAAAUGUACCCCAUUUGUUUUUAGUUUUUUUUUAUUUUUAACCCUAGUGUUAAAUUAUUAUAGUAAGUGGUGGCAGACAUAUUUCCAAGAGAUGAUGUGGGAUACAUAGCAUAGGAUAUGGACAAUUGACAUGGCUAUUGGUUUUUUCUAUGUAUUCCACAAAAUAAGUACAAACAAUGGCUAUGGUUUCCUUUCUCCUCUCCCUGAACCUUUUGCCCAAAGCAUUGAAAUUGUUAGUUGUAAUAAACUUCAGGUAGUAAU